CCGCUGACAUCGUUUCCAUUGCCCUCGAAGUCGAUCGGAUAGCAUCUGCAUCGGCAAUCCUAAUAUAUGGUCGUUCGCUCGAGUCCCUUGUUCGGAGUCUUCACUCGACAGUGAACCCUCGCUACCCCGAUGAUGAACGGCGAUAUAAGCCUGUCCCAGACCCUGGGCGGGCUACGUAUCGCCAAUCCCGAUGAAGAUGCCUCCCACUCCCCCUCACCACCUCCCUCCGCUCUACCGUCGAAUAUCGCCGAAUCUCUACAACCGCCUCCGCCCUCUUCGCACUCGUCAUCCAGUACCGUCACCGACGCCAAGCCGGCGCCGCAGCUCGAACAACUUCCAUCGCAGGCGAUACAUUCCGGUUCCCUCGACUUCGACCCGAGUACGUAUUCAACGAGCACGGCCGAGAGCUCCCGAGCCGAAUACAUUCCUCCCCGUGACCAUCGGCAGUCAAUGCCUCCUAUGCAACAAUCCUCCCAGCCCUUCCCGCAACCUUCCUCAUACGCCUCACAAUCCUCCUCCAAACGGCCCAUUUCAGCAAUGUACAGCCAUCCCAAUCCUUCAUCAAGCUCCUCCACAUCAAAUCGAAGCGCAUACCGAUAUCGGGACGACGGUUUUGUCCCCGUCACACCAUCGAGCGCAUCAAAUUCCGGACGCGGAACAUCUCAAAUGCCUGGGUCUGUGCCGUCACGAGAAUCGAGCCGGACGGAUCGAACAUAUCGGCACUCACAACAAUUGACCCCGGGGAACGGACCGUUACCUCCGCGAAGGAACUCCAAACGCGGUCCCCAGAGUGGAGUCCCCGGGUCGAUACCUUACACCUCCUCGUCAUAUGUGGAGGGUGGCCCUCUCGCGAGUAGUGACGAAUGGAAAGAAAAGGGGGCUGCCGUCCGAGUCCGAACCGAGACCGAUGCCAACGGAAGACCUAUCUCCAAGGUGCUGAAGAAGGGGGUUAAAGACUUCAACUUUGGGCGAACACUAGGGGAGGGAUCUUACAGCACAGUUCUGGCAGCAACCGAUCGUCAAACCCUCCGCGAGUAUGCCAUUAAAGUGCUCGACAAGCGACAUAUCAUUAAAGAGAAGAAAGUCAAGUACGUGAACAUCGAGAAGGACACACUGAAUCGCUUGACGGAACACCCUGGGAUCGUUCGAUUAUACUACACAUUUCAGGACGAACGCUCGUUAUACUUCGUGCUAGACCUAGCGAGCAAUGGUGAACUUCUUGGGGUUUUAAAAAAGCUGGGUUCAUUCGACGAGGAAUGCACAAGAUUCUAUGGCGCCCAGAUUCUGGAUUCCAUCGCGUAUAUGCAUUCGAAAGGCGUCAUCCACCGAGAUUUGAAGCCGGAGAAUGUCCUUCUCGACACGCAGAUGCACGUCAAAAUCACCGAUUUCGGAACCGCCAAAAUCCUUGAUACCAGACCCCAGCAGAACGGUAGCGGCUCGUUCGCUGGCGAUCCUCUCGAUGGCGCAGAGGUGGAUCGGGCCAUGUCUUUCGUCGGGACUGCGGAGUAUGUGAGCCCAGAGCUGCUGACAGACAAGAACGCCUGCAAAGCGAGCGACUUAUGGGCAUUUGGCUGUAUCAUCUACCAGUUGCUUGCCGGGAGGCCACCUUUCAAAGCCGCGAACGAAUACCAAACAUUCCAGAAGAUUGUGGGGUUGGACUAUCAGUUCCCGAGGGAGUUUCCAGUUGUGGCUCGCGAUCUUGUCGAGCGGCUUCUGGUGUUGGACCCCGCGAAGAGGUUGCCAAUUGAGCAUAUCAAGAAUCAUCAGUUUUUCGAGGGCGUCACAUGGGGAACGGGACUCUGGAAGCAACGGGCGCCCCGAAUAAAGGCAUAUACGCCGAUAACGGAGCCCAUCCGGUUGAAUGGUCCCACAUCGGCUCCGAUUUCCACGACGCAGCGCCAGCAACAAGCUCGCCUGAUCACGGAAUUGCCACCACCCAGCCAACUCGACAUCGAGUGGUCCCCUGUCCUAACGCGGGCGAACGAGCGAAUCCUCAAGCUCGGGAACCUGGUCGUCACCAUCUCGCCAUUCGUGCCACCGGGAGGCGAACCCUCGGAACCGCCAAAGAAAUUCUCUCGAUUCUUCGGCGGGAGCACGACAAAGCGUCGACAAAGACUGGUCAUGAUCACCAGCACCGCGCGCAUUGUCAUGGCCGCGGCAGGAGGAGAUGAAAAGAAGGCCAAAUUGGAGAUCAAUUUGCUGGGACCCGGCACGACAUGGAGAAGUUACCAGGACCCCAAGGGCCUGACGUGCUGGGCUAUCGACACGAGGGACAAGCACUUUGCCUUCGAAGACCCCAAACUCCACCCCUCCGACCCCACCUCCUCCAUCUACGCCACCCAAGAAUGGCUCGACACCCUCUCCCGCGCCAAGGACCUCGCCCUCUCCCACCACGCCUCCUACUCUGCCUCCUACGAAGACUCCACCAUCGACCUCAGCUCGACCAUCAGCAGCCCCACCAGCACCCUCGGCGGUGGCGGCGCCAACGCCUCGGGGAACGUCACCGGCCACGGCGGCGAGCUGGACGGCGUGAAUAUCCCGUCGAGUCGCGACCAUGUCGAGAUGGAACGGGAGGGGAAAGAGAGGAGGGGGAUGAAGCGGUUUAGUCGCCGGCAUUCGAAGAACGGUCUGGCUGCCGUGUUCUGAUGACGGCGCUCUCGUACCCCCCACCAUAUACCUUCACAGCUAAUACUCCGCCUGCUUUAUUGACAGGCACUGGCCAUGU